CCUCGCCCACCAUCCCUGUUUAGGUAAAAAAAGAUGAGAGUCGUGAAAAAGUGUGGUCUGACGUCGACGAAUAGGUAAAACGCAGUCAGCGAAAAGUCUGAAGUAGAUUAAGGAGCAUUUCUGACGACCAGUUUUACUGUACCAGAAGAACGAAAACACCAUGGCUUCCUUGGCGAGUGCUGUGCCACGAUCGUCAGGUGCUUUGGCGCGAGGCUCCUUUCCCUUCAACCUUCCAGCCCCUGGCGCUGCUGGGACGACAGGAGGUGGAGGCCCUACCGCAAAUAGUCGAUCCAGUGCCAGUGGAGGACCUAGCACUGCAGCCCCUCCACCUGCUCCCAACAACAGGGUGAGCGGAAGAAGGUCAGUAGCCCAAGUUUUGGAGAAUAAUGCUCAGCAGGGACAGCUGCCAGGGUCUUCAAUCAUCCGCUUGUUGGGUGAAGACCAAUGCAUGUUGAGCAAGACGGAAAAAGAGGUCGCCUGUGUGGAUUUGUCGCUGCAUAUGCUGAAAGAGAGGAUACACCUACUGGAGUCGCUGAUUGUCAAAGAGCAAAAUCAGAAAGCGUACUUCUAGUUUGAAAAUGCUGUAGCUUUUGGGAGUUAGUAUCGCGUGUAUCUUCGGAUACAUAGCGAUAGCACCAAUCUGAUCAAGCGUCAACCAUGUUCUGUGCAAACUUCUAUCAUCCGCAUCCUCCCGUCCCAAAAAUCAUCAUCUUCUUGCAGGAUACGAGUAGCGGAGAUGAACGAUCAGCGACCGUUCUGUGGCGAUUUUGCACUCCUGCCGAACGGGGUCUCUGUGGAUAAGAAUAUGGUACAUUUUUUUUGAGUUUGCAUUUGCAUUUGACAUGUUGAUCACCAACACGACUCAUUCUAGCCGUCGAAAGGAUGAAGAAGUUCCUGUCUCUAGUUACAGUUUUUUCUUGAUUCUCAUCCUCAUGAUGGUCCUGCAACGACCUUCCAAUUUAUAAGUACUAUUAUUUUUUAAUUUUUUCCCUACUUGUCAACUACAACAGUUAGCAGCCGAAGAGCAAGAACUUCGAGAAGAGAUCGAGCAUCAGAGGAAUUUUCCAGAGUUUUUCCGUUUUUGGCAACUUUUCUCUGGUUUGCCACUUCAUCAGGACAACGUAGAGGAUUAUCGACGCGCUCCUGACCAUUUCGCGGAUAUAGGCACGAAUGCAGGACAGCUCGCAAGACUUCCGUAUUUGCCAGAAGAACAACUGCCGAGUAGUAUACACACCGUCAGUAGACCUCCACCAGGAUCAAAACAAGCGGCAGCGGCUGCGGCGGCAGCUCCGGGAGCACCAGGCCAGGGCGCGGAGGACGACGGAGGUGGAGACGGAGGUGCAAAAUCUGAGGUCUUUUUCCUUCUUAUGGAGCGCUUGUUUGUACCAUUGACUGACUAGUUUCGACUACUUAAAUAAACAAGCUUUACAAGUAAUGUACUAGGACUGUAGUACAGGACGGUGAUGUCGUCGAAGGAGAAAGAAAGAUACACCACGACCACGACGAGGAUGCGCAUUCAUUUUCUCUAAGAACUUUUUCUCCCACAACGAGUAUGCUGUGCUGGCC